AUGACGUCAUGGGCAAAAGAGCCAGACGACUGUUACCGUGAUACGACCCGUACAUUAUGUGACUGGUUCUUUGACCGUCCGUCCACGUCCUCCCAGGCUCAGCACUAUGCCGCAACCAGUCCGCAGCCAAUGUUGUACUCUGUGAGGAGAAAUCAGACAUUAGGUGAGACAACGACCCCUAACAACUUGUACCGUCACAGCGACCAAUUCUGGAACGACCGCUUUAAACAGCUGAAGACUGGCUCCAGUCAAAGUAAUAAAACCACCACCUACUUCAAACCCACGGAUGGUGUGAACAGACACGGUUUGUUGUCUGGGAGCUGGUGUCGUGGUAGGACUACUCCGUUCCGGGCCUCCAUGGGGAAUCUGUAUACUGCGUCUCGUGCUGCUGAGAAUAUUCCAUCUGAUGACGGAAGUUGUGUUGAUCCGUGUCAUACUCUCCAAUACGGAACGGAUGGCAACACCGGAAGUUCGGUAGAUCCACAACCUCUCUGGAGCUCAGCUGACUAUUUUAGAGAUCUCGACUGA